CUCUCUUCCUAGCAUUCAUCAUCUCAACUGCUCAAACGACCUUCCUAAAAGAGAAAGAUUAGCAAGAAAGUUUUCUAAAAGUAUCCUUUAUCUUUAACUUCUCCAAUUUACAUUCGCAUUUUUUGAAAUUUUGUUUCAAAAUUCAUGAACCCUGCAAUUUUUUCUUUGAAUUUCAUAAGUUUUUGCAUAUCUUGUAAUAAGAACAUCAUAAGAAAUAUAUAAGAAAACUUUAUAAUGAAUCCGAUAUAUCCAGUGAAGGAAGAGUAUCCGGGAGGAGGAUCAUCAAGUUCAACUGCAUGGCAAUCAAGAAAUCAGUCAGAUGGAGUGGCGCCACCGCCUCCGCCACCGCCACCACCGCAGCCAAUGGAAGGGCUGCACGAUAUGGGCCCUCCACCAUUUUUGACCAAAACCUUUGAAAUGGUGGAGGAUUCGACCAUUGAUAAUAUUGUUUCUUGGAACAGAGGGGGGCAUAGUUUUGUUGUGUGGGAUCCCCAUUCUUUCUCCACCAGUGUUCUUCCAAGAUACUUUAAGCAUAAUAAUUUCUCGAGCUUUGUAAGGCAGCUGAAUACUUAUGGUUUUCGAAAGAUCGAUCCCGACAAGUGGGAGUUUGCGAAUGAAGCAUUUCUUAAGGGUCACAAGCAUCUGUUGAAGAACAUUAGGAGAAGAAAGGCACCAACUCAUCAGUCUCUUCCUCCACAGCAAGUUAUGGUUGAUCCUUGCGUUGAGGUUGGAAUGUUUGGAUUAGACGAGGACAUUGAUCGUUUGAAGCGCGAUAAGCACGUGUUAAUGAUGGAACUCGUGAAGUUAAGGCAGCAGCAGCAGAAUACGCGAGCAUAUCUUCAAGAAAUGGAGUCAAGGUUACAAGGGACGGAGAGGAAACAGCAACAGAUGAUGAAUUUCUUAGCACGAGCAAUGCAGAAUCCCGAGUUUAUUCAGCAGUUGGCUCAGCAGAAGGGGAAAAGGAAAGAACUUGAAGAGGCUAUUAGUAAGAAGAGACGACGACCAAUUGAUCAAGGGCCGAGUUAUGCUAAAGGAGAGGAGUCGAGAAAUCCAUAUGGGUUCCAAGUUUCUGAACUGGAGGCACUCGCACUUGAAAUGCAAGGAUUUGGUAAGGUGAAAAGGGAGCCGGAGGAUGAGCUUGAAGAACUCGAACACUUUGAGAGCUCGGAUAAUGAACUCGACGAGGAAUUCUGGGAGGACUUACUGAAUGAGGGAUUUGAUGAAGAAUUUGGUGCCACUGGAAAUGAAGAAGAUAUUUAUUUGGAUUGGACAAGAUAGCGAACGUGCACCUCAUAUGCUUAUUCUUGCACAGUGGGAUUGGCUCCUGAAGCCUUGUACUUGACAAGAUACGAAGAGUUUGGUUCGAGUUUUCAUCGCUCGGGUAGGUAUAUGCAUUCUGAAGUGGACAGACGAUGUGUUAUGAAUCUCGUCAAAGCAUUUAUUUUCGAGUAGAAAGGGACGUUGGUUCAACUCUUGUCGCCUAGCUCUAAACUGAAGUAAGCAUAUACUUUUAUAUGAAUAUCGAUUAUCAGUCA